CUCACUUUCUUCUCUCUUCCCAUUGUCUUCUGUUUUUUUGAGAGUCCAGAGUCAUUCGCUUCUCUGCUCUCGCUUUCCUUUUCAACUAGCUGCGAUAUUCAUAUCCAGCAGACGAUCACUACUACUUAUCACACACAACACUUCACCAGUCUGAUUAUACUGCCAACAUGAAGUCCCAAUCUCUUGCUACUCUCGUAGCUGUGGCUGCUAGCCUCCAGGGUGUUGUUGCCACCGGAUGGAACAACGCUCCUAUCUUCUCUUGCCCCGGCAAGACCCCCAUCGACAAGUGUGAGCCGCACCAGUGGUCUGGCUUCACCUGGGGAGACCUGAACCUCGGAUCUUUCGACCACUACGGAGGAUUUGACUUCUCCGGCGGAUGGAGCUGCCAGUCCUCCUUCGGUGGCCGCAAGCGUGAUGCUCUCCUCCCAAGGACCUUCGGAUCCAAGUGCAUCACCGGCACCACCCACAGCGACAAGGCCAGCUGCCCCAAGAUCAAGGCCAGCACGGUCGACAAGUUCUCCAUCACCCACCUCCAGGUUUCCGUCGAGUUCGACUGCGACCUCGAGUUCCACUACACCCUUCCCGACAACUCCAUCUGCAAGCAGAAGUCUAGCUGCAAGAAGACCGGUACCACCGUGAAGAACACCCAGUGCGGUGGCGCCAAGGACGUGACCGUCGUCUACCCCAAGCCAGCCAAGGGAGGAAAGAAGUCCUGCAGCAUCGGCAUCCACAGCAUUGGAUUCGACUGCCCUAACCCCACUGCUACUGCCAGCACCGUCAAGUCCACCACCACUGCUGCACCAACUGUCGAGACCACUCCCCCAGCCACCACUGAGGCCCCAGAGACCACCCCACCAGUGACCACCGAUGUCGAGACCCCACCCGCCACUGAGACCACCGCCGUCGAGACCACCGAGGUCGAGACCCCCACCACCACCGAGGCACCAGGAACCACCGAUGUCGAGACCCCACCCGCCACUGAGACUGAGACCGAGGUCACCCUCACCACCAUCGUCACCGAUGUCACCGUCACCUCGUGCCCAGUCACCCUCACCCACGUCAACUCCGGCCUCACCUCCAUCGAGACCACCCUGACCACCUCUACCGUUGUCCUCACCUCCACCAAGACCUUCUGCCCCAAGUGCACCCGCACCAAGCCAGCUGGCCCAGUCGAGACCGGCGAUGUCCCAUCCAACACCGAUACCGUCCCUGAGCCAACCACCACCGAGGGUGCCGAGCCAGUCACCACCGAUGUCGCUGAGCCAACUACCACCGAGGGCACCGAGCCAGUCGACACCACCAUCGCACCUCCCCAGACCACCGCCACCACCCCCGGCGGCGACAGCGGACUCCCAUGCCCACCUGUCCUUCCCCAGUGCAUCAAGACCUGGCUCCCAGCCGGCUGCAAGUCCAACUCCGACAUUGCCUGCUUCUGCCCCAAGGCCGACUUCACCAAGAACCUCUUCGAGUGCCUGACCUCCUUCGGAGCCACCGACGCCGAGAUCAACGAGGCCGCCGAGUUCUUCCAGGGUAUCUGCGCUCCUUACGUCCCCACCAACCCCGGUAUCAUCACCGACUGCCCCGACAAGGGAGCCGUUGAGACCACCAAGCCCCACACCGGCCCCGUCACCACCAUCGUUGUCGAGACCACUGUCACCGUUCCUUGCGAGCCAACUGGCACCGCCACUGAGACUACCUUCACCGUCACCACCAUCUCCACCCAGGUCACCGUUCCCCAGGUCGUCCUCACCACCACCAACAGCCAGGUCAUCGUCGUUACCGGCCCCGCCACCGUCGAGGCUACCGCCACUGCCCCCGCACCCGUCUUCACCACCCCCGCUGGCGCCGUCCCAGGCUUCACUACCAGCCGUGCUGGUGCCGCUGCCGGAACCGGAACCGGUGGUCUCCCGCAGCCAACUCAGCCUGCGUUCGUGCCUGGUAGCGCCUCCAAGAGCGCUGUCAGCGCUGGCGUGCUCGGUGCCGUUAUGGCGCUUGUUGCGCUCGUCAUCUAAGUUUUACCUUAGUUAGAUGAGAGGAAGAAGAGAGGGGAGGAUGAAUGAGUUAGAUAGAGGUAUGAUGAGGAUAUACCCGCCUACGGGCGGAGAAUAAUUUACACGUUGCCAUUCGGUGUAGGAACUACGGGGAAAAGAGGAAACUUUGCAUAUGCGUAUUUAGCGCCGCUUUUUAUUUGGGGGGAUGAAUGGAUCGCGGAGUGCGUGCGGUCUGAUCGGCCAACUAUCUUUGGAAUUUUUUAAUUGUAUAUUUUGGGGUGGAGAUGUAGUAAUGGGGGAGGGGAUAAUAUAGGAGAGAUAUUGUUCGAAUCAAUUGAUGCUAUCUAUGAU